AAACACUAAAAUAAGACUUGGUGGAGACAUGAAGACAUAAAGAAGGACAGCGGGACAUCUGAGGGUCCAGAGGACAUAAAGAAGCUUUCUGACACAAAAAGAGACAUUUGAGGACAAAGCUCAGUUCAGGACCGUCUCAGUAGAAACUGUCCUGAAGUCUCACUUUGAUCGUCCAAUCAGAUUCUUUCCUCAGGUGAGUGAGAGCGAGCCGAUUGGCCGGUUGGAGGACAGGUGGAUGUAACCAGGAGUCAGAGGACGCCAUGAUGUCCCUGAGCUGGACUGGUCUCCCUUCGGUCCUGGUGCUGGUGCUGGUGCUGGUGCAGCCCGGCUGGGUGGGGGGGGCGCGGGCCGACAGGAACCUGGUGUCGGAGGAAUACGUCGGCGCUACGGUGAACGCUACGGUGACGGACGGCCGCGGGAACACCGUCCACCUGAUGAGCAGCGAGGACGGGACCUACGGACAGAACUCCCCCAAACUGGACUCCAGGGGGGUCGUCUUCACACCUGCAGCCCAUCACGGAGCGGUGGACCGGCAGGGCUGCGACCCCAGCACCCGCUUCCUGGUCCCGGCCCGCGUGCUCCACUGGGUGGCGCUGCUGCAGAGAGGGAACUGCACCUUUAAGGAGAAGAUCCUGAAAGCCGCCGCCUUCAACGCCACGGCCGUCCUCAUCUACAACAACUCCACCGACAAGACGGUGAAGAUGGGACACGAAGGGACCGGGGACACGGUGGCGGUGAUGAUCACGGAGGCGUUUGGGAAGGAGAUCCUGGCCCAGCUGGACCGGAACCUGACGGUCCAGGUCUCGGUGUUGGUGGGUCAACGCGGUUCCACCAAGACCAUCAACCGCGGCUCGCUGGUGUUCGUGUCCGUGUCCUUCAUCGUCCUCCUCAUCAUCAGCUCGGCCUGGCUCGUCUUCUACUUCAUCCAGAAGCUCCGCUACAGCAGCGCCCGCGGCCGCAGCCAGCGUCGUCUUGGCGACGCGGCGAAGAAAGCGAUCGGGAAGCUAACGACGAGGACGGUGAAGAAAGGAGACAAGGAAACUGACCCAGACUUUAAUCACUGUGCUGUGUGUAUUGAAGCGUAUCAGCUGAACGAUGUGGUUCGUAUUCUGCCCUGCAAACAUGUCUUCCAUAAAGUGUGUGUGGACCCUUGGCUGAACGAACACUGCACCUGUCCCAUGUGUAAACUCAACAUCCUCAAAGCUCUCGGCAUCAUGACCAGUCUUCCCUGUGUGGACAGCGUGGUGUUGGACGUGGAUCGUCUGGGUGUCAGUCGGGCGUCCAGCAGCCAGAGGGCGCCGCUGAGUGACAGCAGCCAGCCGUCCAUCAGCCUGGAGCCGCUCAGCCCCCCCCACCCCGAGGCCACGCCCAGGACACCUGCUGACAUCACUGUCGCUGUGACCAGCGGCGGUCACUUCUUCAACAGGAACUCGAUGUCUCCUCGCAGCAUCGUGUGUGAGAUGGAGCUGCCGGACAUUCAGGCCUCGCACGAUCUUUAUGAUGACAAUAAGUCCUGAGGCUCCUCGGCACUGUUUGGACCCCCCCCCAUCACCACCACGCCCCUCCUGCUGAUGGGGGGGGGGGCGACGGACUGUUGAUCAUUUAUUCCAUCGGACUGAACUCUGGAUCCUGGUCUCAGUUUAGACUCUUGUGUUUUAUUUCCCCAGAAGUAGAAAAUCUGUGGAGGAGGAACCAGAUCCAGAACCAGCUCUGGCCCAGGAACCAGAACCUGAGCUUGGCCUCUCUGGUGGAGUGUAGACGUCAUGUUUUUGACUUUCUAGAAAAGUUCCUUAAUUUUUGAAAGGGUUCCUUGGUUCCUGGAAGACUUUCCUGAAUCAGUGUUUUCUGAGAUAGUUUCAGGGUCUGAAGUUUAAAGACUUUUUAGUUCCUGGAAAACUUGGCGUCUGAUUAUCGAGAUCCUGGAAAUGCUUCUUGGAAAACUUUAUUAGCUCCUCAAGAGCUUCCUUGUUCCUGAAGUUCUUGUUUCUGGGAAAGUUCCUGAUUUCUUUAAAGGUUCCUGCGUCUCUGGAAAUGUUCCCAGGAUCCUGAAGAGGUUCUGGAAACAAGUCCAAGGUCUUAAAAAGGUUCUUUGGUUCCUGGAAAAACAUCUUAGUUCCUAUAAAAGGUUGUAAAAGUUCCUGAGUGCCUAAAAGUGUUUCUGGAAAGUUCUUGAGGUCUUUAAACGGUUCUGGGUUCCUGGAAAACAGGUCCAAAGAUUUACAGCAGAGACAAUCUCACCAGACCAGACCCAGAACAGAAAGUUCUGGGUCUGUCGGUCUGAACCUGCUGAAUCAUCAGUAACGGACUAUUUUAUGUGUGUAAAUACUGAGCUGACUCUUCCCUGGAACCAUAGCACAGGUAGACCUGGACCCUCUGUGGACCGCUAACUGUCACAGUGUUAAUUCCCCCGUAGCAACAAACCUUUGAUGUAAAGGAACAGUCCGACUCUCCAGUGAUUCCUCCCGCUCUCUGUUUAGUCUCGUGUGGAGGAACCGGUCCGAAGGUUCCUGACGUCCAGCAGCAGAGACGCUGACGUUUCAUCUGCUGAUUAUUUACUAAGUCAUUUAAUAAAAGGUGAGAAGAGGCUGACGUCUCUUCAGAAGCUGGUUUUAAUGACGAUGAGCCAGCAGAUGUUUGACAUGUGACCGAAUGAAAGUAUUUAUCGAUGAUCUAAAUCGUUGCAGCUAAUCAAUUAAUCAACUAAUCAAUGCAGCUCCAAAGUGUUGUAGUUCUCUUUAGAGAAAGUUACACAUUUAAAUUCAGAUAAUAAUUCCAGUUUUUAUGUAUACAGUGAAAUAACUUAGUGUAUUUAACAAGUUACAGAGAUCAUAUAUGCAAAACUGUGAUGCCAAAGUUGAUAAAAAGCUCGGUAUGCUAACGAUAUUCACAUAUAAGUAAACAAACUCUCGCAUGGCUUAAAUACAUAAAUACAUCUAGCAGACAAGUAAAUGAGAACAGUAGAUGAUUCCCAUCACGAGACCGCUGUAACGUGCAGAUAUGUUCACCUCAAUAACACGAACCUUCAUGUUUUAAAGGUGAAAACACAUCAAAUAUUAAAGCUGCAGUAUUAUUGAAAUAUAAGAAUAAACGAGGUUUGAGCUGCUGAAUCACGGAGUGCUUCUCGUUAUCUUAACGAAGCGAAACAAUUAAAGUUUAAUUUGUGACACAUCAGAAAAAACAUGCAGUUUUCUAAUGGUACGCUGUGGGGACAUCAGUGUUUGUGGGGACCUCGCGCGUUUGUGGGGACCUCGGGCGUUUGUGGGGACGUCGGGUGUUUGUGGGGACCUCGGGCGUUUGUGGGGACGUCGGG